CUGUGAAGUGCAUUCUUCCCGAAUUGUCAGAGAACACCAGAGUUCUCACAUCGAGUAGAAUUUAUUCUCCUGGGGAUACAAUUUCCUUUGGCUGCGCAGUUGGUCACAGAAUGUACACAAGUCAUUCCACUGUGCUCUGCCAGUCGGAUGGAACAUUCUCGAGAAGCAUACCUUCUUGUGACCUCCAAACAUGCAAGACAGCACCUCGUGUUGACAUGGCGUCACCAAAAGAAGAACUAACCGAAUAUUCAAUAGGACACAUCCUAACCUAUGAAUGUGACUUUGCCUACGCACUCUCUGAUAAAAAUCCCUCUGGCACGGUCCGUUGUCUUCCUUCUGGAGAAUGGGAAGAAAAUCUCCCCGUUUGUAAUAUUUUAAAAUGUCAAGAUCCCCCGGAUGUCAUAAAUGGUAAUGCAAUUUGGACAUCUAGAACAUUUCUUAGUAAAGCAGAGUAUAUUUGUGAUCCAGGUUAUACUACAAUAGGAUCAGAUAAUAUCGCAGAAUGUAUGGAAACAAGGCUGUGGGAACCAUCUCCACCAGAGUGUAUACCUGUAGACUGUGGUGUACCAGACAGUGUGCUAAAUAGUAUAGUGAAGGCGGACAGUUAUACAUAUCGGUCCAUAAUUACAUACCAGUGUAAAGGUGGAUUUGAAAUAAUUGGUAAUGCUCAACGAUCUUGUCUUCAGAAUGGGUCUUGGAGUGAAGGGAUUCCUAUAUGUAGUCCCGUCUCGUGUGGUACGCCAGCUGACAUCGAAAAUGGACGAUUCAUCGGCAACGAAUUUAGGUAUGGUAGCACAGUAAGAUACUUUUGUGAUGACGGUUACCUUAUAAGCGGAGUGGAGGAAAGGGUGUGUGAACAAAACGGACGCUGGACUAGCCAAAUGCCAAACUGUAGAAGACGUGAAUGUGUCAAGCCACCUUUCAUUCUAAACGGCUUCUUCGCAAAUAGUGCCUUUUAUUUUGGCGAUGAGGUGGUGUAUGACUGUAAUGUCGGAUAUUACAUUGAAGGUAAUGCCACUCUUGCUUGUAAAGCUAAUGGAUCAUGGGCACCUUCUCCGCCGUCUUGUUCUACUGUUGAAUGUCCAGCAUUACGAAACAUACCCAAUGGAUUAGUCAACAUGCUUGGUCGAACAUUUACAAGCAAAGCAGAAUAUUCCUGUAAUCAAGGCUACGAUUUAGAAGGAGAAUCCGUCAGGAUAUGUAAGCCAGAAGGGUUUUGGUCUGGUAAUACCCCAUCUUGUCAAGCAGGUAGCUGUUCUCCUCCCAUCUCGAUUCAGAAUGGAAAUGUAGAUUUCAAAGAAUUAAAACUAGGUUCCGUGUCGACAUAUGAAUGCAAUCUUGGCUAUGAACUAGAAGGAAAUGAGGUUCGUAGGUGUAUGCCUACUUUAUCUUGGUUUGGUACAGAUCCUGUUUGUAAUCCCGUUAGAUGUAGUGAUCCCCCGAAUAUUGACAACGGAGGACAAUCAACCAAUGGAUCGACGUUUAAUUCAGUGGCUUCAUAUUUUUGCGAGACAGGAUAUAUAUUGAAGGGUUCAGCUUCACUGCGGUGUUCAGCCUCUACAGAAUGGACGGGAUUAAUACCUUCUUGUGAUAUCAUACGGUGUGAAUCACCCUCUACUGUUACAUCCAAUGGCCGCAUGCAUGGUACAGAUUUUACUUACAACAGUACCAUACAUUAUGAAUGUGAUGUCGGGUAUAUCUUGGUGGGUGCCGCUAAUAGAACGUGUCUGUCUACCGGGGAAUGGGAUACAUCCAUACCUUUAUGUGAAAUAGUUAAUUGUAACAGGGCUUUCCUCUCGAAUGGAUUUCCAAGUACAUUUCAAACAGAGUAUGGCUCCAUUGUAUCGUUUACGUGUAGAUCUGGCUAUGUCCUGUUCGGGUCUUCAGAAAGAACUUGUCUCGAAAGUGGAAGAUGGAGCGGCCCAUCUCCGGUCUGUGUUAUCUGCGACCCGCCGCCAGCAGUUGACUUUGCCAAUUUUACUGUUUCCAGUGAUGGUGUUGUUACCUACGAGUGCAAUACAGGAUAUGACAUUACUGGGCGAAGCAAAUUGGAUUGUCGAAUUGAUGGCAUAUAUCCUGAUAGACCGCCCAGAUGCACCCCCAAAAUAUGCUCUAGCAUAGAAGAGGACGAAAUAUUUCAAAAUGGAAGCAUCAAGUUGGAUGGAAAAAUAGUAGGGUCGACUGCACGGUUCGAGUGUGAUGAAGGAUUUAUAUUAGUUGGGAGCGACACAAGGCUGUGUUUAUCAGAUGGACGAUGGAGCGGAACCAUGCCAUUUUGUAAUAUUAUUCGAUGCGCAGGCUCUUUUUCCAUACAAAAUGGCGAUAUCGAAAAUGAAUUUGACAACGUUUUUGAAACGGUAUUAUUGUUUAGGUGUAACGAAGGCUUUGUUAUGGUAGGUGAUGCGGCUAUCAGUUGUCUGUCAAACGGGACAUGGAACGGUACACAGCCUUCAUGUAGUCAGAUAGAGUGUGAAACUCCAAACGAUAUAUUGAAUGGCGUAGUCGAUUUUACUUCCCUUGCGUAUGGCAAUAUUGCUACAUAUACAUGUGAAGCAGGCUUUGAAGCCAAUGGGACUUUGACUCGAAUAUGUGAUUCGAGCGGAAAUUGGUCAGGUGUUGCACCAACCUGUACCGCUAUUGCCUGUCUCCCGCCACAACCAAUCGAAAACGGAGAAAUACUCGGCAAUGUUUACAAUCUUGGAAGUCAGAUCCGAUAUCGCUGUAAAUCGGGAUAUAUUCUCGACUCGGUCUCCUUCCGACUGUGUAUGUACAGCAAGAUGUGGUCGGGUCCUGAACCAAACUGCAAUAAAGUACGAUGUAUACCACCACGUACACCUGCUAAUGCUAGAAUCGUUAGUGCACGACAGCCAAACUAUUUCUUCGGGGACACUAUCCAAAUAGAAUGCAAUGAAGGUUUCGAACUAUCAAGAGGACGUCCUAUUAGAAAAUGUGAGGCAACAAGAAAGUGGUCACGCCCGAUUCCUCGUUGUAAAAUUAUAAUGUGUGAUGAUAUACCAGCAAAGCCCAAUACAAUGACCAGUCUUUUAAAUGGAACAACAACUUAUAACAGUAUGGUUGAAAUACGAUGCAACGAGGGUUUCAAAAGCAUUGGCGGAUCGGUCGUUACUGCCUCGUGUGGACUGAACGGCAGGUGGUCAACAAUCCAUAUUGAAUGUUCCCGAGCAGAAUGUGAAGAAGCUCCAGUAAUCGACAAUGCAAGGGUUAAUGGUGAUAGUUUCCUCUAUGGUGACACUCUCACUGUCGAGUGUGCGGAAGGGUAUGCUAUUAGUGGCGAUACUCAAUUGACAUGCCAAGGGGACGGCUCGUGGUCGUCCUCAGCAUUCCCGGUUUGUUCAAUAAUAUCAUGUGGAAAUCCAGGGGAGUUCGAAAAUGGACAGAUAGAAGGUUCUCAAUUCAACUUCAACCAAGAAAUAAUUUAUGCAUGUGGAUAUGGAUAUGAACUCGUCGGAUCGGGAAGACGAAUUUGUCGGCAGAACGGAUCGUGGAGUGGCUCUUCACCAACAUGUCGAUUGAUAACAUGUACAGUUCCCUCUAUUUGGAAAGGGUCGGCUUCCAUAGCUAAAACCCAGUUUGUCGUUGAUGACGUUGUAUCGUAUAUUUGUGAUGAAGGAUACGUCAUGGUUGGAAAUACGGAUCUUGUAUGCACCACAGAUGGAUCGUGGAAUGGCACACUACCCCAGUGUGAUAGAAUUACCUGUCCAAAGCCAAAGAGUAUAUUCAACGGUGAAGUGAUGAACAACGCUCUUGUCUACAAUAGCCGCGCAAUUUACACAUGCUAUGAAGGAUUUGAAUUGAAAGGUGAACGAGAUUUGACAUGCGUAGAAAAUGGAAAAUGGAGUGAUGAGUAUCCUGUCUGUAAUCCUGUAAACUGUGGUGAGCCCACAUUUGUUGCUAAUUCAGGUCGUCUUGGCGACUUGUACACGUAUGGUAACCUACUGACCUAUUUCUGUGAGGACGGGUACACAUUAGUUGGAGAUGACGUACUCGUGUGCUUGGAGGACGCCACAUGGUCAAGUUUCCCUCCUCAAUGCGAGCCGAUAUCUUGUGGCUCUCCACCGCAGAUACCGGAUGCUAUUCGCAAUGGUGACGAUUUCAGCUUUAAAAAUAGCGUGUACUACACAUGUGAGACCGGAUACGAACUACAUGGGAAUAAUGUGCUCCGUUGUGCUGCGAACAGUUUGUGGGAGGGCAACAUGCCUAUCUGUUCACCUGUAGAUUGUGGUCCACCGCCAGUUUUGCCACACUUUAACACCAUCUUUACGACCACCACCUUCGACAGCGUCGUCACCUUCUACUGUAUCUCAGGUUUCAUAUUGAGAGGAGAUCCCAUGGUGAAGUGUUCCGCAGAAGGGACAUGGAAUUUCGACCACCAUCUUUCUUGUAUCGCAGUGGAUUGCGGUCCUCCUCCACAGUUUCCGAAUGCAGCAGCGUCUACGUUGUCUACGAGCUAUCCCUCCGAGGCAACUUAUUCCUGCGAUGCUGGAUUUGUCAUGUCCGGAAAUGAUGUCAUGCGUUGUGAUGAAACUGGAAAUUGGAUAGGAUUGUCUCCACGUUGUGAUAAAAACAGCUGCGGUCCACCGAAAAUACAUAGUAACGUAAUCGUAGUUGGCAGUGAUCAUUUCUUGGGCGGGACAGUGACGUUUUCCUGUCCCGUAGGUUACCUUAUAAGUGGAGAAACGAAUGCAAGCUGCAUGUCCUCCGGGGAAUGGAGCAGCGCUUCACCGGAAUGCCAAAUUAUUUCAUGUGGAGACUUUCCGGUGUUUGAUUCCAACCUCAUCAUUAAGACCGGGAAGAAAGAUAAAUACGUGUAUGGUGACAGCAUUGAGUUUAUUUGUAAUGAGGGCUAUGUAAUCACUGAAACAUCGUCCUCCCAGUGCAUGUCCAAUGGAAGAUGGAGUGCAGUGAAUCCAACAUGUAUUGUGGUAAGUGUUGAAGCCUGUCCUGAACAAGGUAAUUUGGCGAAUGCACAGGUCAUACCUUCCGCCUAUAGAGAAGGUGAGAUGUACACAGUGCAAUGUAGAACGGGAUACCAGGCCAUUGGUAACAUGGAAACCACAUGUACUUCAGAAAAUGUAUGGUCGACCCCCAGUGGAAUAUGUCGAAGAGUGUCCUGUGGAAAGCCACGUGUUACAGACAUGGUGAAUGUCGUCCAAAUAUCAGGACGGUCGUACUUCUACGGUGACCGGGUACGAUUCCGGUGUCGUCCUGGCAUAGCACCAGCCAAAAUACCACCGAUCUUAAUUUGUUUGCCAACCGGUGAAUGGGACGGGGAGAUCGCCUGCUCAUUGCCCUGUAAGGGUGGAUGCUUCAACGGGGGACACUGUCUUGGCUUGUAUGGUUGUAAAUGCCCAAUUGGUUAUGGCGGUAGGAGAUGUGAAAAGGCCCUUUGUGUUUUACCAUGUCUGCACGGUGGAAGGUGUACAGCUCCAUAUCUCUGCUCCUGUCCUCCCACAUACACUGGCGUCAGAUGUCAGAAACCAAUCUGCAAUCAGCCCUGCCAAAACGGAGGUAGAUGCAUCAAGCCGAACCGGUGUCGCUGUCAACAUGGCUUCAAACCACCCUUUUGUGUAACCGUGAGGUGAGUUGGUUAUUCCCAUCAAUCGGACGUUACUACUCGCAUCCUAUCUCUUGUCAGUGAGUGGGAAAUACAUACGGCUUCGCAGCAUCAGACUACGACAGACUUAAACAAGACAUCGACCGACCCCAAAUAUAUCUGCUACAAAAAUCCGAUAUCCGAUAAAACUUGAAACCAAUUAAACAUCUUCAUUAGUCCAUUUAAGGAAAGAAAACGAAAUACAUUUUGUAACUUGUUUUAACCAGAUUCUCCCAUCAUACGUAAUAUGACUGUAUUUUUCUACAAUGCUUACACAAUUUAUUCAAUGUUCAAGAAGCAUCUUGUAACUUACAUUGAGGAUUAAUGUAAAUAUCUAUUCAUAAUGAUAAACAGUAUAUUCUGAUAACACUGAUUUUUAUCAAACUACCCAUCAGUUAUUUGAUAUUAUUCAUUAUAUAUAAAACGGUAAGAAAAGGGAGAUAACUCCAGACAUUUUGGACUGGAAUUUAGAUAGCCUGAAAACUUGUGCAAAGUCCUCGUGUGGUCAGAUCAUCUAAUUGAGUAAAGAUGUUCUCAGAUCAGUUGUUAGUAGCUAUGGUCAUUAUCAUAAAAAAUUGUGUAAUCAUAUUAACACUUAUUUAAUUAUUAUUAUUUCACUAAGCCAACAGCAGAAAAUUUGUAUUCGGAUCAAAUACACUCCUCAACAUUGUUCAUUCAAACUGUAAUUGUUUCUCACAAAGUGUUGUUACACUUCAAAAGAAUUCAAACAAAAAUUAUGAUGAUCAUCUUUUUCAUGUUCAAAAAUAACACACUACAGUCGAAACUUGUUAUCGUGAAAUUCAAGGGAUUGAAGUUUUGACUAUAACAAAGUGUAUAAUAAGGUUGACAAUAUCAGUUUCCUGACGUUGGUUACAUUUGAACAACCUAAGGCUAUGAUAGCUUGCAAGCAGCAUUGUUUAAUCGGUUUUUUGAAAUGGUGGUAAAUAAACACAUGAACUGGA